GGCGGAGCAACAGAAUUAUGCUUUAGAGAAACACCCCAUGAACCGAAAAGGAUUCAUCCAGUUCCUUCGUUCAUCUCCUCACAUCACUGGCAAGGUUUCACGCGGUUCCGAAUCUCGAUGCAUAAUUCAAAAGCCUACGAGUUCUAUGCUAACCUGCGCCUUCGGCGCAUGUCACCCUCACGAACCAUUAGCGUUUUGCCAUGUAUGCAUCAGUGGUGGUCCCCGCGCCUCUUCCAUUUCAAAUCGAUCCUCCUAACGGCUGGUACAGCCCGUUUAAAACCCCUCAUCUUCUUUCGGACAAAAGAAAAAUCCCUCUCCCCUUCCUCGAUUUCUCGUCUCGCUUCUCUCGGUCCCUCCUAGGGUUAGGGUUCUCUCUCGAUCCGCCCUACUCUCCCUUCCUUGGGCUUCCGAGGUUCCCAACUUCUUGACUGCAGCCAAAUAUUUAGGAUUUCUAGGGUUUAUACGUUUUCUUGGCCAAGAGACCAUGGAUCCAGAGACCGACGAGUACAUCCGUGAAUCCAUUGAGAACUCGCUCGGCCUCCCAAUCUCUGACAAGAACCUCCGCCUCAAGGUUCUUGCUUCCGAAGACGCCCGCCACCGCCUCCAAGAUCAGAUCUUCGUCCUUGAGGAGCGCCUCAAGGAGGCCGAGAAGCGUGUAGAGCAAUAUAAGGCGGAGGCGACCAUGAAUGCCCAGGGGUUGAGGAGGUGCAUCGAGGAGAAGGAGAUGGUGGCGUCGGGAUAUGCUGAUUUGGUGAAUCACUGCGCCAAAUUGGAGAAGGAGUGCUCUCUGUAUGAACGGGAUCUUGAGAGGGCCAUGGAGUCUUGCGAUGAAUUAGCCAAGGAGAAUGACGAGCUUCAAUCACGGAUGCAGGACAACUCUUAUAUAACGGCAUUAGCUGCUGAAGUCGAAUCCUUGAAGAAGGACAAGGAAAACCUGAGGAUUAAUCUCCAUAGAGCUGAAGAAGAGGUCAAGGUACUGUUCGAAGAAAAUAAAAUUCUGGAUGAAGAGAACAAGAGGCUGCUUGGGCUGUUUAAGAGAGAACGACAUCACCAUGGAUCUGACAGCAAACGCUCUGCCAGUGCUUCUGCUAAAGGAAAGCGUAAAUCAAGUCAGGAUUGCAGCCCUCUGGGACGGGUAAUUGAUUUCAAUGUUGCAGAUUCAUCAAGACAGCCAUUAUCCCCUCUGCAUCAGAACCCUCCUGAUUCUAAAAUGCAUAAGAAGUAACAUGGUGCUUGAUCAUCAUUCCGCUGAUCUUGAAUGGUUCCUACUACUAACUGCCUGCUAUUUUCCUCUUAGCUAUUAAUCCGAACUUACUAAUGUUGUACAAAGCAUUAUGGAGUUAAAUUUGGAGAUUUGUUUCAAGUGAUAAUUGUUACUUUUUUCACCACCUUACUUAUGACACGAUCGCUGAGCAAUGCUUUCUGGUUUAUCUUCAACUAAUCAGAAUGAUUGCAAUGUUUAUGGUUA